AUGGAUGCCCUUCUAUCGCUCCCGGUGGUGGGAUGGUUUCUCAUGCCAUCGGUUUCAACAUACUCUACAUCCCUCAACUUCUUAUUCUUUUAUAUGACAUGGUCGACUCUUGUACUAUCACAUUCGGCUUUAAGAGUUGAGGUAGUGGGAACUCUAGGAAUAAGACUACUGUUCUUCAUAGUGCCUUCAUUUGUAUUCCUCAUAUUUGAUUCUAUCAUACCAAGCUUAUCGGUGGGAGUUAAACGGCAAGGAAAACAAGCUUUACCUACUCGAACGGGGGGGACAAAAGUGUCUAGAGCAAAGGCUCCAGAAUGGUACCGGGUAGUGGGGAUCAGUUUGUUCAAUAUCCUUAUGGGAGUCGGCAUUCAAGCGGGAUUUGAAAUGGUUCUUACGGAGAUCUUACACUAUAAGAGCGCGCUAAGAGUCACUACUACGUUACCCAUGCCAUGGUCUAUCGCCAAGGAUGCUUUGAAAUGUCUUCUUUUUCGUGAGUUCAUACAAUACUAUACCCAUCGCUUCGUCCUUCACGCCCGCUCUUCAAAUUUCCUUAGCCGAGGUCACAAGAGCUAUUACCACUCCGUCACUUCUCCAUAUGCAUUUGUCGCCCACUACGAUCACCCAGUCUCCUACAUACUGUUCCGCUUCAUCCCCAUCUAUCUCCCAGCGGUAAUUUUCCGGGUUCAUCUUCUAACAUAUCUUCUCGCCCUCUCUGUUGUUACUAUGGAAGAAACACUCGCAUCGUCCGGUUAUAGCAGUGUCCCUGGGAUCAUACUCGGCGGAAUUGCACGUCGUCAGGAUCUCCACAGUGAAAGUCGAGGAAAAGGAAAUUUUGGACCAUGGGGUUUAUUGGAUUGGAUCCAUGGAACUAGUCUCGGGUCCGGAUUGGAGGAAGAUGUUGCGAAUGAAGCCGAAAAACAUCAGGUCAAGAGCCGAAGUAGGAAGGCUAUUGCUAGUGGGAAGGAGAGUGUGAAAUCAUUAAAUGGAAGGAGAAGAAGUUCUAGGAGAGCUUAG